UAUCUCCACUAGACUUUUUGAGUUCCCAAAGUUUGUGAAUACAUACAUAUAUAUCUUUUCCCUUCCUAUUUCCUUUUAAUAAAUGGCUCCUUCCAUUUACAUAGAUUCCAAACCAAACAUGAAUUUAGAAAUAGAAAACAAUAAUAAGUCCAUAGUGAAAAGUCUUUACAAGGCAUUAUCAUGUACAUGUGGUGACACUAAAAAAGUUACCGGUAUUAUUGUUGAUGACUUAGAAUGGUGGUUUCAUGGACCACAGAAUUGUCACUAUAUGAUGAAAUUGCUCACUGGAGAAGUAUCUAAUAAUAAUAAUAAUUCAUUCAAGUUUGAGCCAAGAAGUGUAGAUGCUAUCGAUGAUCAUCGAGUUAUCGUUGAAGGAUGGGAAGGUGCAAAAGCUUAUUGGGUACAUGUUUGGACAUUUAAAGAUGGUGUUAUUACUCAAUUUAGGGAGUAUUUCAAUACUUGGCUAACUGUGACUGAGUUGAGGCCUAUGGGUUGGGUGCACUCCACCACAUUGUGGCAGAGCCACCCACGAGACCUCGCGAAACGCUCACUUCCCGGCCUUAUGCUAGCAAUUUGAAUGUACUAUAGUCCAUUAUUAGGGAAAACAAAGUAAGGAGUGUUUGCUUUUAUCCUUUACCUAAUAUGUGAAAAUAUGUUAAUGUAACAAAGUUUGGUUAUGUAUCCAACGACGGACAAUUUGAUGAAAUUUUGUACUUUUUUUUUUUUA